AAGGGCGGUCCCAUCAUGUCCCUUUGCAGGGUCGUGCUGGGCAGGCAGUGGUUUGGGGUCCCCGGCAAAGCUGUUAGCUGCCCACCCAGCGCAGUGAGCGCAGAUCGUGCCGAGCGAGCCCUCCCUUGGGCGUCGGCGUGUCUGCAACACACUUCAGGACAGUGUGGAUCGCAGCAGAGGAUCCCUGUAGGCUCGCGAGGUUUCCGUCAGCGGCUGCGGUGCAGGCCAAAUCCUGCGGUCGAGAAUUCCUUCUCCCUGUCAGUUUGUUCUAGUUAGCUGAUUAACUCUUCAUUCGCUAGUUAAAGCGCUGCCUGCCGGAUUCAAGUUCUCUAAAUUACGAGGCAUCUCUCUAGCGUAGGGAUUUCUUAAGCCUCCUGUAUCAACCAUCCUAUUUGACACAGAAGCUUUGGAAAGUCUGUGCUUGUUUUGCUUUGGGGAAUAAAGGCUCUCACAUUUAUUGAAGGUUUGUGCAUAUUAAUACGAUCUGAGAAGAAAGCAAAGCAUAAUUCCGAAUAGAUUGUCUUUCGAGGUGUAACCUGCAAACCAAUAGUCCUAAGGAAUCUUGGUAGCAUUUGUACAAUCAAACCUGGGCUGGGAGAGACUAACGGAGUUCAGCUAAUCUUCAGUCAACACAGCGAAGGGGGCAGCACAUGUCCACAGAGAAAAUUGAAGACUUAAUGGAAAUGGUGAAAAGGUUGCAGAAAGUAGGAAGUCUAGAGCCCCGGAUUGAGGUCCUGAUCAACCGCAUUAAUGAGGUUCAACAAGCAAAAAAGAAAGCUGGCGAGGAGCUUGGAGAGGCCCAGACUGUCUGGGAUACCCUGCAGAAGGAACUGGACUCAUUACAUGAAGAGAAAGAGCGUCUGAAGGAUAUCUUGAACAAAAAGCAAGAAACCCUGAGGAUUAUGCGGCUGCACUGCCAGGAGAAGGAAAGUGAGGCAGAGAGGAAGCACAGCAUGCUGCAGGAAUGUAAAGACAGGAUUUCUUUCCUGAACUCUCAGAUCGACAAUGAAAAGGACAAACUAAGACGACUGAGGUUGGAUUUUGAAAAACAGCUGGAGACUUUGAUGAGCCAACAUAAGGACCUCUUGGAAUUUCAUAAGCCUGAACACCUGGCAAAGGAGACGGAUGAUUUGGACAGCAGCAAGGAGCAGCUGCUCAAGGAAGAGAAACUGAUCGAGUUAAAGCUGGAGGAUGUGAAACAUCGGCUGUUUGCCCUGUGUGGGCCUGAGGAAUCUUCCAGCUUUGCUGAUGGGCUCUUCCUCCGAAGCCACGAGGCAGCUGCAGCAAUGCAGAUGUUUAGGGAGGAAAACCAGAAAGCUGAGGAGCUCCUUGAGGCUGCAGCUCAGCACCACCAGCAGCUGCAGGAGAGGUGCCAAGAGCUACAGCAGAAACGGCAGAUGCUGAAAGAAGAAGUGGAAAAGCAUGGGUUACAGAUCCUUUCUCAAGUUCAGAAUAUGCAAGAUGAAGGAGACAGCUCACAGAGGAUGGCCAGUCCCAAGCCCUUAGGAGUCCAUGAGGAGAAAGUCCAAGAGCACCCACCAAGCAGGACCUGAUGCUCUCCUCAGCCUGGAGGAAUACUAACCUCAAUAUCACAUGAGGCUGUUUGAAAUAAAGGAGCUUUUUUGUAGAACUUGCUUCAUCAGAGUAUGUGCUGAGUAGAAGAAGGUGAUGGGCCAACCCUCUCAAGUGUUUGAACUUGGAGAUGUCUUGGCUCAGUUUUGAAUCUCUACUGGCUACAUAGGUCCACACUAUAGGCCCUAAGUAAAUGCUUUUCCUGUCUGUUGCUCACCAUGAGUAUCUGAUACACUCUUCUGAUCUUGGACAGAAGGGUACAGAUCUGGACUUUUUCCCAGCCUCUGUGAAGCUACCCAGUAGUUUAAUUGCUUCAUGUAGGCCCGGAUAGCAUAGACUUCGAAACAAAAGGAAGAUACAUCAUCAGCUCUUAGUGCAUGUUAUCAUCCACCUCAUUCUUCAAGCAAAUAAAUGAAAUUUGAGUCUG